UAGUGACGGCGGCGCGGGGGAAGCUGGGAGUGCUCGCAGGGAGGCCGGUCGGCGGUGCUGGUGCGGGGAACCGCAACAGGGCAGCGGCGGGAUGUGGUACGAGAUCCUGCCCGGCAUGGCCAUCAUGGGCGUCUGCCUUGCCAUCCCCGGCCUCUCUACCAUCUUCAUGCAGCGCUGGAGUAACGGCGGCAAGGAGAAGAGGAUCGCCCGUUAUACCUACCAGUGGACGCUGAUGGAGAGAGACAGGCGGGUGUCGGGGGUCAACAAGUACUACGUGUCCAAGGGUCUGGAGAACAUAGACUAAGGUGAUGGAUCUUCUGAAGAAUCCACUUACCUAUAUAAAAUCAUUUAACUCUAAUAAAGACAUAUGUAUGC